AUGUUCGCAUUCGUUUUCAGCACCCUAGCGUUGCGAAGCUUGCUCAAAGCUUAUACUGCCACGUGGAGCAGCACAUCAGUACCGAAAAGCUACCGCUUGUGUUUAUAUCUCCUUACAUUUGCUGGAGUUGUCUUCCGUUCGGAGCUGGCCAUCCUCGUCGGGACCAUCACGCUGUAUCUAUUCGCUACUCGGCGAAUAUCCAUUACGGGGAUUAUCAUCCCGGCCGGAGUCGCCGGUCUUGUCAUCGGCCUGCUUUGCACCGUACCUAUCGACUCAUUCUUCUGGCAAUCUAUCCCACUAUGGCCUGAAUGGACUGCAUUCUACUACAAUACUCUCCAAGGCCAUUCCGCAGACUGGGGUGUCUCUCCAUGGCACUACUACUUCGUCAACGCACUUCCACGGCUAAUGCUGAACCCAGCUACAUAUCUACUAUGCAUUCCAGUCGCGGUGCUCAACGUAUCAACCAGAAGACGAAGCCUAGAUCUCCUGAUACCACUGCUCAGCUUCGUCGGCUUGUACAGUUUUCUUCCGCAUAAGGAAUGGCGCUUCAUCAUCUACAUAAUCCCAGGUCUGACAGCCGUUGCUGCCACAGGAGCAUCUUGGAUCUGGACGCGUAGAGCAAAGUCCGUCAUAUACGCGAUCCUUAGCCUCACUCUGGUUGGAUCUAUGUUGGUCUCCUUUUCAGUAUCAACGGUUCUAUUGGCGAUAUCCAGCCUCAAUUACCCGGGCGGCGAAGCUCUCACCUUCCUCCACAACCACGUAGUCCUUCCUGAGGAUCGUCACAUCCACGUCUACUUCGACAAUCUCGCUUGUCAGACAGGCGUCACGCGCUUUUUGGAGAACCACGAGGGACCACAGACAGUCCUGGACGUCCUUGAGGCGCAAGACAUUGCCAACAGGAGGACGUGGACCUACGACAAGACCGAGGACCCAGAAACCCUUCUUGAUCCUAUGUUCUGGGUCACCUUCGACUACGUGCUAGCCGAGAAACCGGAGAAGAUUAUCGGAAAAUGGAAAGUGGUACAUGCAGUGUACGGCUUCACUGGCGUGCGAGUAUUGAAACCUGGAGAGAAGACCGGCUUAGUUGCGAAGCCUUUGGACGGCACCGCACAGGAAAAGAAUGGGCCUGUUCAUUGGACGUCCAGGGUAGCAUACUUGUGGGAAUCGUUAGAGGAUUUCUUAAGAGACAGGGUCUUGAAGGGCUGGUGGGCGGAAGUCAGAAUGGAGCCCAAGAUAAGGGUAUUGGAGAAAUCCACCGCUUAG